GGGCUCUUCUCGACUCCAGCUUGCCGAUCCUCCAUAACUGCAGAGGGGAAAGCAAUGAAUGUCGGGGUGGGACAUGGGACUUGAUCGGUUUGACCGAUUCCACGCGAUCUAUCCCCACGAUCGAUAUAACCUCUCAAGCAGCGGAGGGGUUUUGGCCUCGUUUAACGUUUCACGUGCCGAUGAAAUCGUACCACCUCCGGGAACGUGAGCUUGUCUGCUACCAGCAGGAGCAUCGCCAGACGGACGACACCAAAGUUAUAAAGCGGACCGGCGAAGAGGCUACGAGACGCUGCCACUUUGCCGAUCGAACUCGUCGUAUGACGAUCCUUUUCUCGUAAAAAAAUCGAAAUAUUGAUCAUUCGGCAACACCUGUCGGCACACGGUCGGUGCCAUCCCUGGUUCCAUAAGGGAAAUUAUCGAUACUCGUGUCAUGUUACUUUGACAACGCCGCGAUCGCGUUGUGCAGGAGAGGAAGAUCAAAGGGGAAUCGUAUAGGCCGUUUGUGACAAUUUUUCUUUUUGAUAUUCGACGAUAGACAUUUUUGAUUAAUAUUUAAUCGUAACUGAGAUUCGUCGUUGGUGUGUACCGAAGAAGGAGACGAGUAGGAGACACAAGAAUACCCGUCAUUAGCUUCUUAACUCUGAUCAGUGUUAUACUUAAGGCAAUGGCAAGUUUAAUUAAUUCUACAGCAACUUUAAUAAACGAUGCCUACAAUUAUUACCUUUGGACAUUAUCCCUCGCUGAUGAACGAACGAGAGGAUGGCUCUUGGUUGAUUCCCCGAAACCUACUUUGAUAUAUACAAUGUUAUAUUUACUCAUUGUAUGGGCUGGGCCAAAGAUCAUGAGAAAUCGAAAAGCCUUCAAGCUAACAUGGGCUCUUGUUCCGUAUAAUCUUGCAAUGGCCUGUCUUAAUGCGUACAUCGCGAUACAAUUAUUCGUAGCAUCUACUAGACUACGUUAUAGUUAUGUGUGUCAACCAAUUAGACAUGUAACUCGUCCAGAUGAAUUGCAGAUUGCUCAUGCUGUCUGGUGGUACUACUUUAGCAAACUUUUGGAGUUCUGUGAUACAUUUUUCUUUAUUUUACGGAAAAAAGAUAAUCAAUUAAGCUUCCUUCACGUUUACCAUCAUUCUACCAUGUUUUCGUUAUGGUGGAUUGGUAUUAAGUGGGUACCAAGCGGAUCUACUUUCCUUCCAGCAAUGGUAAACAGUUUUAUCCAUGUCCUUAUGUAUUCAUAUUACGGUUUGGCCGCAUUGGGACCCUCCGUAGCUAAAUAUCUCUGGUGGAAAAAAUAUUUGACGAUUCUUCAAUUGAUCCAGUUUACCACUGCCUUGAUUCUUGGCAUCAAUGGUAUUCGAUCAGGAUGCGAUUUUCCACUUUGGAUGCAAUAUGCUCUUGUCAUUUACAUGAUCUCCUUUAUUGUUCUAUUCGGAAACUUUUAUGCCAAAGCUUACAUUGCUAAGGGCAAGCAAGCGUAUGCGGAGAGACAAUUAGAAAAAAUGAAAGUAGAUACUCAAUCGAAAAAAGAAAUUACUGAUGGAACUGUGUGUAAUGGAAAUAUUUCAAAUGGACAUGCUAACGGAUAUGCAAAUGGUGUAUGUAAAAAGAUUCAGUGAAAAAUGCAAUCCAAAGUUCUUUUUUAAAAUAUUAAAGAUCGAAUUACGAUAUACAUACUUAGUUACAAAAUCAAAGUGAAUAGAAAUUGGAAAAUCGAUAACGAUAAACCAAAUCUAUUUGAUCAGAAUUUUUAGUUCUUACGUUCAACUGCCGUUUUGUUCACGGUGCUUAAUACAUUAUACCGUUACAGAAAAAUUGGGUUUAAUAUAAAAACCCGAUAUUUCUCUGACGAAUUAACGUAAAUGCGAUUAUAUAUCGGCCUGGAAUUUUUUUUAUUUUUGGAUCAGCAAUACAAACUUUAACGAAUUGCUGGUCUAAGGUAUUGUAAAUAUAAAUUAGUCAACUUCAUUAGCAGUUUAGUUGUCAGUAGGUGAAUUAUAUAAGAUCCAAUGUGAUCGAUUACGGUAAUGUUAUAUAAGUUUAAAUUAAGCGAUCUUUUUGUGACCAGUAAUUAAAAUUUGCAUUGUAAAAAAAAAAAAAAUGAAAUGAAUCGUCAUGUUGAAAACUGCCUUGGUUUUUUCUCGCAAGAUCUAAGGUUAGGAUUCAAAUAUGGCGAUCACGAAAAGGUUGUACUAACUUUGCACAUUUGACGUCUAGUUGAUACUUUAACGUGAUACUUGAGUAUGUUAUACGAACUACACAUACAGCCUCUCUAAAUAAAUGGAAAAUAACAUUUUAACAUAUAAAUUACUAUUAAAAAUUGUAAAAAGUUUUGUUAGAAUUUUAUAGUUAUAUAUCUAACGUUGUCCCUCUUUAUACGAUUUUUUCUUAUUUAAUGAAAUUUUUUAUGAAUAUGACUUUUGUGAAAUAAUAAUAAAAUGUUAUUACCCUCAAAAAUUAAUUUGUUUAUAACAAAUUAGCAGUAAUAGUCAAAUUUUUAUUUGGACAUAAUGUGAAACAAAAACUAAUUCACUAUGUCAAUUGGUAAGAUAUUAAUAAAUUAGCUAAAGAUUUAUAUAAAACAUUUUUCUACAAUUAAUAUUUUACAAAUAUAAAUAUUAUGUGCGCGUAAUGUAUUAUUAUGUGUGUAGAAAAUUUUACACAUUCCAACUAAAAGUAUCAAAAUAAUAAGACUUUUUAUACACAGAAUUUUUUGGAAACUUGAAAAAAUAUAGAUAUUAUCGCACAAAUAAAAAUCGUCCAUAAAAACAAAACAUCACGAAAUUUUUAAAUUCAUUUUUGAAUCAAAGUAUAAAAAAAUAGAUAAAAUAUAUAAUCAUUUAUAAAAAUUAAUUGGAAUUUUUUAUACAUGUUUGCUUAUUUAAACUACUUUUAUAAUUAUUAAAGAUUAAAAUAUUGUUAUUAUGUUUUAUUACUAGCGAAAUAUGUACAAGAACAUUGCAAUUGUUAUAAAAAGCGCAUUGCUGCGCAAUGCAAUAAAUCAACAAAUGCAUUAUA